UAUUCAACAGCAGUAUUUUAAUUUUAGAAUUUAACUAUAACUGUAACUGGAGUAAAACCGCUUUUUUUAAAUUGCCUUUUCGUUAGUUUUAAAAAUUUGAGUGUCUGGUUUUCAAUCAUGAUAUCAUGUUUUAAAGGAGGAACCUCUAAUUUUUGGAGGAAAAGUUAUGAAAAUACGCAAGGUGCACUUUAUACGAGCUCAACUAUAAGUACAGAUGAUAUGCCUCGCAUUUCAAAAAUCAUUGAAUCCUUGAAGCAGUAUGAUGUCUUUAAGUAUUCUGCAUAUCGGACUGCUUUCAAAUUGCGAACGAUUCAAAAAGCGUCAAAAUUGCAUAUGGUGGAUUUAUCAGUAAUAGGAAGCAUUUUGAAAGAUUAUGAGUGUUCUAAUCAAUCCAUAGAAGAGCCUAUAACCCCUUCGAAAGCUGAAAAUCUCUUGUGUGCCUUAUACACAGAAGCAAGCAAAAAAAUUGGUUUCACUGAAGAGCCAAAUUUAAUGGCUCUUCUGUUUCUUGCAUUUUUACAGAAUACAUUUGUUGAAGCGGAGAAACCUCUUCUGUUUAUUCAUGUGAAAAUUGCACUGACAUUGUUUUCUGCUGCAAAACUUUCGGGAGAAAAUAAAUAUCUGUUUUAUCAUUGUUCUGGUGGUACUAGCAUAAGUAAAGAAAACCUAGAACUGCUGCUGAAGUCACUAUCCAAAAUGGCUGAAAUUGUUGGAGAGCAAGUCACUUUUGGAUCACAUUUAGUGCCUGCUGCAGUAAAGCAUUGUUUAAAAUUUUGCAAAGGUAGAAUAACAGAAAAGAAAUUUAACAAAUGGCUUUCUCUGGAACCUCAGACAACAGUAUGGAUAUCUACUCUUCAUAGGAUAUCAGCAUCGGAGAAAAUUCAACAUACUGUUACAUGCAGUCACUGUCAAGUGAACCCUAUUAUUGGUCUAAGGUAUCGAUGUUUGCAGUGUAUCAAUUAUAAUUUGUGCCAGAACUGUUUCUUGUGCGGACAAAGGAAUCAAGGACAUAAAGAAAGACAUCCUGUUCAGGAAUUUUGUUUACCAGCAUCCGUAUGGGAAGAAACAAAAGCUACAAUGAAUGCUAUAAAGAACAAAAUUCCAUUUGCACGCUGUCCAGCUAGACCUUAUUUAAGUUUUGAUGAUGAAAGUUUAUAUGAAAGUUUCAGAGAUCCGUCCAAAAAUAUAUCUGUAAAAACAGUCCAAAAUCGUUCUAUGAAAAUGACAACUAAUGCGGAUCUUAUCAUAGAAUUGUCCAGUAUUAUUAACAAAUUAGAAGAGGAGAAAAAGCAAAUUUCUGCUGUAGUAGGUUUAUAUAAUGAAAAACAUGCAGCAGAAUGCAGAGCAGAAGUCUAAUGAUGCACAUGAAGAUAAAAGAAGUUUACCCGAUCAACCAGCAUUAUCUGAACUGAAUUCUAAUUUAGAAACACAACUCGGAAGACUAAAAACCUUGUUAGAAAACUUAAAAAAAUCAACUUUAGCCAAGAAGGAAAUGGGGGUUUCACCUGUGCCUCAUGCUCCAUUCAGCAAAAUGGAUCAUUAUUUUGAAAGUACUCCAGUCAACUCUGCUACUUGUCCUGUUCAAACAAAAGAUGAG